AUGGAAGGCUGGCAGUUGGAUCAAUUGGCGCAGGGAUAUUUCUUGAAGGCGCUCGAGAAUCUGCUAUCGAACGACCCAGUGCUCAAGAUACUGAAGCCCAAGAGAAUCGGAAAAAUUAGAGGCCCGAUAUCCCCUUUGAAGGCGGCAACGAACCCGCUGGAUAAAAUUAACGCAAUUGUCAAGCUACUACAUGACUUUAAAUACGUCGCUGGGGUGUUCGAUGUGAAAAAGCUGCUACGUUGCAAUCAAGAUCAAGUGGUCCACGCGUGUCAAUCGCUGUAUGACAAGUUGAUUCCCCUGACGGGGAGGUACGAACCCACACAUCAAGAUUUCAAUGCGAUCGCCGACGUCCCAAGGGGAAACCAUACCGGAUCGUCGCAGUACGCCUCGGCGCAAUCCGAGAUGGAAUCGGAAGAUUCGGUCCAUACUUAG